GAAAGACUGACUAAAAUUCUUCAGCGGUCUCCAAGUCUUUCUUGUUUCUUCCUCUUAUACAAUCUCCUCACCAUGUCUUCAUCCCCCCAAGCCCAAGCCCUCGCGGGUAAAACCGCCAUCAUAUCCGGUUCCUCCGCCGGCAUAGGCGCCGCAAUCGCGCAGGAAUUAUCGACCCGCGGCGCAAACAUCGUCCUGAACUACCCGUUCCCCAGCCAGAAAGAAGAAUGCGAACAGGUUGGCCAGGGACUCGGCGGCUCCUGGAUCGCCGUGGAGGCCGAUCUAUCGACGCUCCCAGGCCCCGCCUAUCUGGUGGAACAGGCCGUCAAGGCCUUCGGCGCCAUUGAUAUUCUCGUGAACAAUGCUGCUCGCGUCCCGCACCAGCCGGUGGGCACGAUUGAUCCGGAGACGUGGGAGGCGACGUUUCGAUUGAAUGUUCGGGGCACCUUGUUGCUCACCCAGGCCGCGUUGCCGCAUCUUCGGCCCCGCAAAGAACCGUCCUCCUCCUCGUCGCAGACGCACGGCGGAUCUAGGAUUAUCUGCAUCGGCUCAGGGACCAGUCGCUGGCCCGAGGACGGCAUGACCGUGUAUUCGUCUACCAAGGGGGCGCUGGAGUCGAUGGUCCGCGUGUGGGCGAAGGAGCUUCCGCCCAAGUAUGGAUGCACGGUGAACUGUGUUGCGCCUGGUCCUGUGAACACCAAGACCUUUCGCGAUGGAUGCGGUGAUGCGCUCGACGAGGUCCUGGAGCACUAUGCGAAGUUGACUCCGGCCGUGGGCGCGGUGGCCGAGCCGGAGGAUGUGGCGUAUGCGGUGGCAUGCCUGGCGGAUGAGAGAGCGAAGUGGAUUAAUGGACAGUAUAUCCAAGUGAAUGGAGGGAUGUUGAUGAGUUAAGAGUAGAGAUUGCUAUUCGCAUUACAUAU